GUGCAGCUGCUGUAGUAACGUCCGCAGGCGGGCACGGCUUCGACGCGCACCUACGUGGCCCCAGCUUCGUGCUGGAACCGCCGUCGAGGAUUGAAUUCUCCAAUUCCAGCGGCGCCUGGUUGGACUGCACGGCCUCCGGAAGUCCACCGCCCAACAUCGACUGGUCCACCGCGGACGGGCAUCCGGUGAACGAUGUGUCGGGCGUGCGAAGAGUGCUCAGAAAUGGCACUCUGGUACUCCUGCCGUUUCCGGCCGCGGCCUAUCGGCAAGACGUUCACAGUGCCGCGUAUAGAUGCGUGGCGAGCAACACCGUCGGCAGAGUACUCAGUCGCGAUGUACAAGUCAGAGCAGUGGUGGCUCAAGCAUACAAAGUCGAGGUGGAGGUGACGGGGGGCGCAUCGAGGGGAUGCACUGCAAUAUUACGCUGCAUCAUACCCAGCUACGUCAAAGAUUUGGUGCGCGUCGUAUCCUGGCUGCACGAACCUUCGUCCUACAUAUAUCCCUCGCUACAAGGAGAUGGCAAGUUCCACCUGCUUCCCACGGGAGAGCUUCUGGUGCAUAGCCUCGAGUUCAGCGACCAGCUGAAUGGCUACAGAUGCCGCACAAUGCACCGUCUCACGAGACAAGUGGUCGUUAGUUCUAUGGCCAACAUUAGGAUAGCAGAUCACAGAGGCGUAAUGCCUCCCGUGAUACUCGAAAACUCCGGUGUCGUACACGUCGCCCAGGACGAAUCGACGUCGUUGGUCUGCGUGGCGCAAGCCUGCCCUUCGCCCGAAUAUCGAUGGUUUGCGCAAACAGGAGCAGAGCCAAUGUUGGUACUCUCUGGACCCAGAACCAGACUUCUUGGUUCUGUGUUGGCCAUCGAAGCAGUAACAUUAGAAGACAGCGGUGUAUAUCGCUGCUCCGCUUCUAAUCCUGGUGGCGAAGCGAGCGCUGAGAUCAGGUUAAUUGUGACGGCGCCUCUUCACGUGGAAGUGACGCCUCCGUUGCUCAGUGUUCACUUAGGUGGCAACGCCGAGUUCAGAUGCGAGGUCGGCACGCAUCCGCAGGCUGGACCACACUUUAUCACAUGGUAUAAGGACGGCCGGCAACUUCCAGGGACAGGAAGGCAAUCGGAAUUACUGAAGCUCAACGGAAUUGGAAGGGAAGACCGCGGCAUGUAUCAAUGCAUUGUGAGAAGGUCGGAAGGCGAUACAGCUCAAGCGUCAGCGGAACUUCAACUGGGCGACGCGCCGCCCGUGCUCCUAUACUCAUUCAUCGAGCAGACUCUCCAGCCAGGACCCGCCGUGUCCUUAAAAUGUUCCGCCGCAGGAAAUCCUACACCUCAAGUAUCAUGGGCGUUGGACGGUUUUCCUUUACCGACUAAUGGAAGAUUCGUCAUUGGUCAAUACGUGACAGUGCAUGGCGAUGUUAUAUCCCACGUCAAUAUAAGCCACGUAAUGGUGGAGGACGGAGGUGAAUAUUCCUGCACAGCCGAAAAUCGCGCGGGAAAGGUGACACAUGCUGCACGACUGAAUGUUUACGGACUUCCAUACAUACGCCUAAUCCCGAAAGUGACCGCCGUCGCCGGCGAGACUCUCCGUUUGAAGUGUCCGGUGGCUGGAUAUCCGAUCGAGGAAAUCAAAUGGGAGAGAGCUAAUCGUGAAUUACCAGACGAUCUGCGUCAAAAAGUACUCACGGACGGCACCCUGAUGAUCAGCAGUGUGCAGAAGAAGGGUGACGCUGGAGUAUACACCUGCUGGGCGAGGAACAAGCAAGGUCACAGCGCCAGAAGAUCCGGAGACGUCGCAGUAAUCGUACCCCCUAUUAUUGAGCCAUUUACGUUCCAAGAGGGACUAUCCGAGGGGAUGCGGACGCGGACGGUGUGCGGGGUCGCGGCGGGAGAUCCACCUUUGACCAUAUCCUGGCUGAAAGACGGCCAAAGUCCCUUUCCCUUACCGCCGAAUCUGGCGUCCGUCGCAAACGUCUCCCAACUGGAUCCCUACUCGAGCCUCCUCAGUAUAACGAAUCUCGCGGCCGAGCACUCCGGCGACUAUACCUGCGUCGCCGCGAACCCCGCCGCCGAGGUCAGGUACACGGCCAAGCUACAGGUAAAAGUGCCGCCCAGAUGGAUCGUCGAGCCAACCGAUGUAAGCGUCGAAAGGAAUCGCCACGUCGCGCUGCACUGCCAGGCGCAGGGCGUCCCGACGCCGACGAUCGUAUGGAAGAAAGCUACCGGAAGCAAAGCCGGUGAUUACGAGGAGUUGCGCGAAAGAACUUACACCAAGAUUCUCAGCAACGGCACUCUAUUGCUGCAACACGUGAAAGAAGACAGAGAGGGCUUCUAUCUGUGCCAUGCGAGUAAUGGCAUUGGAAGCGGUUUAGGCAAAGUCGUGCAAUUAAAAGUCAAUUCGUCUCCAUAUUUCGCGGCGCCUUCAAGACUUGUUACUGUAAAGAAAGGGGACACGGCGACGUUACACUGCGAAGUACACGGCGAUAAGCCGGUUACCGUUACCUGGCUGAAAGGUGGUAAAAGCGAGUUGAAUCCCUCGACGAAUUACCGCGUCGCAGUGAAGCAGGAAGUAACGCCGGACGGUGUCAUCGCGCAAUUGCAAAUCUCAUCGGCGGAAGCAGCUGACAGCGGUGCGUACUUUUGUCAAGCGAACAAUCUUUACGGGCGCGAUCAGCAACUGGUGCAACUCCUCGUGCAAGAACCACCUCAACCGCCGAGCGCCCUAGAAACUGCUAUGGUGGCUAGUCGCAGCAUUAACGUUAAGUGGCAGCAUAAGUCGCAGGACACUAGCGAAGUCACUAAAUAUAUCCUUCAGUAUAAAGAGGGCGAAGGCGGAAUAUGGCAGCAACAAGAGUUUACUGGGCCACCCUUACCAUAUGCGGCAUUAAUCGACGAUUUAAAACCCGCCACGAGAUACACCAUACGCGUGAUAGCGGAAGGUCCAGCAGGCCGAUCUGUUCCCUCAGCGGAACUUCUUGUCAGAACCGAACCGCAGAAACCAGCUGGUCCGCCAAUGAAUCUCGCAGCCAGACCUCUCUCCUCGUCUGAAAUACUCGUCACUUGGUCACCGCCUUUAAUGGAACUUCGCCAUGGUGACAUACAGGGUUUCAAUGUCGGUUAUAAGGAAACGAGCUCAAACAAUCCAUCGUACAACUUCAGUUCCGUCUCGGGCGAUGGAGAGGAAGGAGGCGGAGAGCUUCGACUUACAGGUCUUAGGCCAUACACCAGAUAUACUCUUGUCGUUCGAGCUUAUAAUCAGGUGGGGCCAGGACCUUUGUGUGAACCACUGAUCACGCAGACCUUGGAAGAUGUUCCCAGCAUGCCACCAGAAGAUGUGAGGUGCGCGGCACUUUCUUCCCAAUCCUUGCAAGUGUCCUGGCAACCCCCGCCCAGCACUCACAGCAAUGGUAUCAUCCAGGGUUAUAAAUUAAAUUACGAACCGAUUUUGGCAGACGCGUGGCGAGGCGUAGACGAGAUGGAGGUUCGUAAAACAAGUGCUCUAACAACGGUUUUAACUGGGCUCAGACGAUACACCAAUUACACUAUCCAGGUUUUGGCUUAUACCAGAAUUGGCGACGGUGUGCCUUCCGCUACAACUUACUGUCAGACGGAUGAAGAUGUGCCAGGCAGUCCGGCUGAUAUUAAAGUCGUCGUGAGUUCACCACAGGCUCUUUUCAUCUCAUGGCUACCACCGCUUGAGCCAAACGGAGUUAUUACGAAAUACAAUCUUUAUACAAGAGUCGUCGAUGGACGAGAGGAGCUCAAUCACGGCAAGAAGACAUUACCGGCGUCGAGCACGUACUUCGAGGCGACUGAUUUGCAGCAACAUGUCGAGUAUCAAUUCUGGGUAACUGGUAGCACACGAAUGGGCGAGGGCCAAAGUUCGAGAGUGGCGGCGCAAGUACCGACGAAUCGUGUGCCAGCCAGGAUCACGUCCUUCGGCGGUCAUGUGGUGCGUCCAUGGCGAGGUUCGGCGACUUUGGCGUGCAACGCGGUCGGGGAUCCGACAAGAGAUUGGUACAAGAGUACCACGGAGCAGAUACGCACCGAUUCCACCAGGAACGUGCAGAUUCUAACGACUGGAGAACUCGUGUUGUCAAAUCUGCAAUCACAGGACAGUGGAAAUUAUACCUGUCAGGUGGAGAACUCUCAAGGCAGUGACAAGCUGCAUUAUACUCUCACGGUGCAAGUUCCGCCCAGUGCGCCUGUAUUAUAUGUAACUAGCUCUACGUCGAGCAGCGUGUUAUUACAUUGGAAAUCCGAGCAUAAUGGUGGUGCUCCUUUGACGGGUUACACACUAUAUUAUCGAACUGCUCAUGGUACCCUUGAUGAGUUACAACUAUCUCGCCAUGCCACUAGCCACGAGCUGAAGGGGCUCCUGUGCGGAAACACGUAUCAGUUAUAUCUAACAUCGCAUAAUAAAAUCGGUAGCAGUCCAUCAUCACCGGUGCUCUCAGUUCGAACUCAGGGCCAAGCUCCGGGCAUUCCACCGGCGGCUGCCUUCCUUAGCCCAAAUUCUACCACUUUAGUGCUGCGAUUGCACGUCUGGCCUGAUAAUGGUUGCCCUAUAAAAUAUUUCGUUAUACAGUAUAGACCAAUAAAUGAGUUUCAUUGGACUCUGGUGUCGAACAACGUCAAGAUGCAACGGCGAUUCGUCGUAACUAAUUUAACACCUAGCUCGGUCUAUCAACUCAAAGUCGAGGCUCACAACGUAGCCGGCAGCAAUCAGGCGGAAUUUACGUUUGUAACGUUGACGAAGGAAGGUGAAACACCGCCGCCAGGAUUAUCGAAACGCGGGAUGACAUCGGCCAUGCCGUUUUAUGCGGAUAUUAAGGUGAUACUGCCAUUGCUAGUGGCUACUGUCGCUUUGGUCGCCGCAGCGGUGAUUGUUGCCUUUCGCUGGAAGAAUAGAUACUUGGGAGGUCAAAUGCAACGGCCGAUGAAAGAGUCGCAAGAGAAUCAACAGAAUGCGGAGACACAGCGAGAACGUUAUUAUGCCACGAUUCAUAAAGUGGCAUUACAACAAGCGGCAAAUACGGGUGCGGGGCCCGACAAGAUUCCAGGUGAACCUUUGUUACGAUAUGGACAACUACCAGAGACAGCGGAGGACAUUUCGCCGUACGCUACGUUCCAGCUUUCGGAGGGUGGCGGGGGAAGCCUGGCAGGAUUGGGCGCAUUGGGCGGAUGGGGAGGCGGGGGGGAAGCCACAGCGGCCGGUCUCCACCCGAACAACACUCUUCUACACAGCUUCAUGUAUCACGAGCACGCCAUGACCGAAGGGUGCGCGAGCCCUCCACCGGCGGCGACGAGCAUGAAGCGGCAACAGAGAAAGCAGCAAACCCCAGGCGAUGUCGAGAGCGACGAGAGCGAAUCUGACCCGGACCAACUGAUAAGCUCGCGCACGGAAUCGUCGAAUCAGCUGGACGCUGGAAAAUUAAAACAUAUUCGCGCGGUCUCGGACUUUAUUUAUCACGGCACGUCGAGCACGUCUUCGGACAUUUCUCCAAUGUCCGAACAGAAGUCACUGCCACGGAGGGGGCGAUCAAGAUGGCAUGUUCCCAGCAGGAGCUCUCUACGCACACUACUACCGCCGAUCUCGGUCGCGGAGACCGCGUUCGUCGGCAGCAAUCAGGGAGCAGUUGUACCCACGCCGGGGAACGGAGACCGACCGGAGCUCAGCGAGGCCGAGUGCGACAUCGACUCUCUGAAGAAGCUGAAACUGGGGCUGCGAAGCUCUUUGUGGUCGCGGCCAAGCACUCAGAAUAAUCCCUCCUCGGAUUACUCCAUCGCCGUUUAAUCUGUCCCCGAAUGUCACAAUCCCCACGGUAGCACCCCUUUUUCUCUUAACCCCAUGGGCCAAAGAUUAGGUAAAUUGAUCUCUUCCCUUCGUGUCUCGUCAAGAAUUUCCUCGUGGCCAUUCGUAGGGCCAAUCGACUGCCACGUCUUCUGUCGACGAUAGGUAAAUUACGUUCUGCUCGUUAAUGAUGAUCGAGGGAGAGGCGUGCAUAAAUAAGAUCGGGAAGGAUCGAGACAACGAAGAUGGACGAUUAUAGAGGAACACACGUGUGUGCAUAUAAAAUCAGGUAGAAGAUGAUUUCUUGCCAGAGAUGAAAAAUCUUAAUUCCCUGAAAUAUUUAAAUUAUAUUAUUAUUUUACAAUAUAAAAAUAAGUUUUCGCAUUGCAGAUAUUAACUUUUGCAAUAUUUAAUCAACGAUAUACUUAUAAGCUAUAUAUAAUGACAGAACGCGACACUAUAAGACCUAUUCUUCUAUAAACGUGUGUCUUCGUUGAUCGAGCCGAGAGAACUAGUCGAAAGUAUCUAUAAGUACGUGCUUCUCCUCUUCCUUGUCUAUGACGCGACGUGAGAUAAUACACAUGCGUGGAAUGCGUGAAGUGUGUGAGUGAGUCCAAGUCCGAAUGCGUGGAUGAUCGUCGAAUCGCGUGUACGAAUGCGUGCCAAAACGACAAUUUGCUCAGACCGCUGCGAGUCGUUUCGCCGGCGGGUGAUCCAUUCGAGACCAAAGACUUAAUCGUAUGUAC